GCGCGCCUUCUUUCGCCUUUCACUUCCGUGUUUCGGCGGCUACUUCCGCCUUCAGCUGGGCCUGGCGGGGCCUGCGCCGGUUCCGGGCUCCGGGUCCGUUCCCGGUUCCGGUCCGUCGCCGUGUCCGGGCCGCACACCCUCCUUACAGCCCCCUCCCUCCUCCGGUUCCCGCUUCUCGUCGUCCCGCCCCGCCUCGACGCCGCUCGGGGCUGGUGGGCCGGACCGGGCCGGGCCUGGCGGGGCGGUGCCGGUAGCGGGAUGUGGUACAUCAUGCAGAGCGUGCAGAGCAAGUACUCGCUGUCAGAGCGGCUGAUCCGAACCAUCGCCGCCAUCCGCUCCUUCCCCAGGGACAACGUGGAGGAUCUGAUCGGGAGGGGUGCGGAUGUGAACUGCAUGCACGGCACUCUGAAGCCACUGCACUGUGCCUGUAUGGUAGCUGAUGCUGACUGUGUGGAGCUGCUGCUGCAGAAGGGAGCAGAGGUCAACGCCUUGGAUGGCUACAAUCGCACGGCUCUGCACUACGCGGCCGAGAAGGACGAGACGUGCGUGGAGAUCCUGCUGGAGUACGGGGCUGACCCCAAUGCUCUGGAUGGCAACAAGGACACGCCGCUGCACUGGGCAGCCUUCAAGAACACGGCGGAGUGCGUGCGCUCACUGCUGGAGAACGGCGCCCUGGUGAACGCCCGCGACUACAAUGAUGACACGCCGCUCAGCUGGGCCGCCAUGAAGGGCAACCUGGAGAGCGUCAGCAUCCUGCUCGACUUCGGGGCCGAGGUGAGGGUGGUCAAUUUAAAAGGGCAGACCCCCAUCUCACGACUGGUAGCGCUGCUGGUGCGGGGACUGGGCACGGAGCGCGAGGAUUCCUGCUUCGACCUCCUGCACCGCGCCAUCGGACACUUUGAGCUGCGCAAGAACGGCAGCAUGCCCUGGGAGGUGACCAGGGACCAGCAGCUCUGUCAGAAGCUCACACUGCUCUGCUCAGCGCCCGGCACGCUGCAGACGCUGUCGCGCUACGCUGUGCGCCGCAGCCUGGGCGUGCGCUUCCUGCCCGAGGCCGUGGAGCAGCUGCCCCUGCCAACCUGCCUGAAGGAAUACGUGCUGCUCCUCAGCUAGGCACAGGGCAGCAUGAAUUCACUGCUUGAUGUGUGACUGGCGGGCACUGGAUGGACAGCGGGACCCACCGACGGGCGCCGUGUCCUCUCCUUGCCUGCAGCGCUUGCUCUUUGCGAGCUCCUUUUUUGUGUUUUCAGCCUCGUCCAAUGAACAGUCCCUCCCUUUAACAAAUGGCAAAUUCCAUCCUACCUGCUGGAUUAACCUGUUCUUUCCGUUGGGGUAGUCCUUGGGGAAAGCAAGGCAUUCUGGGUGAGAACGGAGAAACAUCCCCUUUCUGAAGGAUUCAAGGCGCUGCAGGAUGUGGAGAGGCCCAUGUGAGUCCAUUCCUUGGAGUGAGCGCUCACACCCUCCUCACUGCACACAGCAUCAAGGCAGACAUGGGAGCCCCCUGCUGGCACGCAGGAGAGCUUUGUUCACCCCCAUAUCUGUGACUUUUUUGGAUGUAUUCAGGGACAAUCAGCACUUUAGGGAAAGAGUGAAAGGGGGGAGCCCUAGGGAUCGCAGUACUUGCAGGAGAAAAAACCCCGUGGCAUUGAUUGUAUGGGGCCUAGGGGGUGAGGAAGUGCCCUGUCGGAUGCCUGAACAGUGAGCAGAGCCCUGCACUCACUGCCCUCUCACCAGAAAUUUGGCCACAACUCCUGCAAAAGGAGGAAACCAUUCCCUGCUGCCCCAGGUGGCUUUGUCCUGAGCUCAGGAUGGUUCUGAGGAGGAGCUUCGCCUCUGAUCUGCCGUCCAGGAACCCAGCGAAGUUCAGAAUUUGGUUUUGCACUGCCAGCUCACCGCACCAGGGCUGCUUUUAUUCAUAUGUGUGUGUAACACGUGUGUUUGGAGGCAGGGGCUCCUCGCAUGACAGAAGGACUCAGGGCUGCAGGUGAGGGUGCAGAGGCGCUACCUGCCCCAUGCCUCAUCCAUCCCCAGCUUCUGUCCACAGAAAUAAAUGGCUCCUUGCAA